UAGUUUUAAGUUCUUUGAAUAUUGCAGUGUCAUUUGUAUUUUUCUUUCCUUUCUCUUCUCGUUCUUUCCUAUCUCAUUCUAUAUAAACGGCUAAACGCUUUAGGAAUUAGGACUACUCUAACCUAAAUUCAUUGCGACUAUCGAAAUCUUCAUACAGAAAAGUGAUAAUGGACGGAGAAUUGCGAUACUUUGAGUUAAAUACAGGAGCCAAAAUCCCUUCGAUUGGCCUCGGCACUUACAAAACUCCUGCUCAUAUUGUUGCUGCUGCCGUCAAGCUAGGGUACCGACACAUUGAUUGUGCUCAUAUCUAUGGAAACGAAAAGCAGAUUGGAGCUGUUUUAAAGGAGCUGUUUGAAGAAGGAGUAGUGAAGCGAGAGGACUUAUUCAUCACUUCUAAACUCUGGAAUUCUGAUCAUGAGCCAGAAGAUGUGCCAAAGGCACUAAAUAAUACUUUGAAUGAUCUUCAGCUUGGGUACUUGGACUUGUAUCUUGUUCAUUGGCCAGUAAAGGAGAAAAAGGGACUCAGUGGUAUUGAGAAAUUCCUUCCAGCAGACAUACCUGGCACAUGGAAAGCAAUGGAGGCUCUAUAUGAUUCAGGGAAGGUUCGAGCCAUUGGAGUUAGUAAUUUCUCCGCAAAAAAACUUGAUAGCCUUCUGAAAGUUGCUCGCGUCACUCCUGCUGUAAACCAAGUAGAAUGUCACCCUAUGUGGCAACAACCCGGACUGCAUGAAUAUUGUAAAUUAAAGGGCAUACACCUAUCUGCAUAUUCACCAUUGGGUUCUCAAUCUUCCGAAGCGAACAGUAAAGGGGUUCUGCUUAAUCCAAUUCUGAAUAAAGUCGCAGAGGAACUGGGAAAAUCUCCUGCACAGGUAGCCCUUCGUUGGGGACUUCAACAGGGCCAUAGUGUCUUACCGAAAACCUCUAAUGAAGAAAGGUUGAAGAACAAUUUGGACAUUUUUAACUGGUUCAUUCCCGAAAAUCUACUCUGCAAAUUUUCUGAAAUUUCUCAGGAAAAGUUUGUUAAAGCUCCAGAUUUUGUGCAUGAAGCAUCUGCUGGCUACAAAACUCUUGAAGAACUUUGGGAUGAGCAAGUUUGAGAUGGAAAGUGUGUAUGAUGAUGUGGGAGUCAUUAUGAGCUUCAGAUGAGCCGCUCGACCAAAGUCAUGGUGUGUUCGAUCGAGCCUGUUGGCUUGACCAGAUUAGUAAGCAUUCUGAUCUGCUGCUCGACUGAAAACCAAGUCGCUCGACCAAGGGGUAUUUCGCUCGACCGGUCGAGCGAGGGUCAAGAACACAUUCUGUUUUCUUGCGCGAUAAGUUUUAUGGGAAUGUUUUAAUGUGGGUCUUUGCCCAAUCAUUUGUAUACGGCUUCUACUAUAAAUAGGAGUCUCAUAUACUCACUGUAUGGUAUUUAAACCCUAGUUAAACACAAACCUAUCUUCUUUAUCUUCUUCAA